AUGAAUAUGAGUGAUAUGGGAUGGGACGAGGCAGAGAAAUCGAUGGCUAGUGCCGUUUUAGGGAAUUUAGCAUUUGAUUUCCUCAGAGCAAACUCGAAUUCGAAUCAGAAUCUGUUUCUGGUGAUGGGAGCUGACGAUACUCUGAACAAGAAGCUCUCAAGUCUCGUUGACUGGCCAAACUCCGACAAUUUCAGCUGGAACUACGCCAUGUUCUGGCAGCAAACCAUGUCUAGAUCCGGACAUCAAGUCCUAGGCUGGGGAGACGGUUGUUGUCGAGAGCCAAUCAGAGAAGAGGAAUCAAAAAUCGUGAUAGGAACAGAGGAAGAGAGAUGGCAAGAGAUGAGGAAGAGAGUUCUGCAGAAGCUUCACAGAGUGUUUGGUGGAUCUGACGAAGACAAUUACGCUUUGAGCUUAGAGAAAGUCACGUCUACUGAGAUCUUCUUCUUGGCUUCCAUGUAUUUCUUCUUUAACCACGGAGAAGGUGGUCCGGGAAGAUGUUACGCUUCAGGGAGACACGUGUGGCUCUCCGAUGCCGUUAACUCGGAUGAUUCUGAGUAUUGUUUCAGGUCUUUUAUGGCGAGAUCUGCUGGAAUCGCGACCAUCGUUAUGGUUCCUACGGAUGCUGGUGUUCUUGAGCUUGGCUCUGUUUGGUCUUUGCCUGAAGACGUUGGCUUGGUUAUGUCUCUUCAAGCUUUGUUCGGUAGGAGAGUAGUCAAGCCUCCAUUAGGAGGGUUUCACAAGCUUUUCGGACAGGAACUGAAUAACUCGGAACAGAGAUCACAUCACAAUAAAGUUUCAACAUUUGGUUACACAUCUGAGAGAGUAGAUGUGAAAGUGAAAGAGGUUUUAGAGGAGAACAACAAUCACAAGAUGAAGAUUGGUUUUGGAGGAUCAUCAGUAGUAGAGAAAUCAGAUUCUUGUAACGAGAAGAGACCAAUGAGCUUGUUAGAUGGAGUUGGAGGAGGAAACAACAACACAGUGUGUGUUGUUGAUGAGAAGAGGCCGAGGAAGAGAGGAAGGAAGCCUGCGAAUGGGAGAGAAGAGCCGUUGAAUCACGUGGAAGCGGAGAGGCAGAGAAGAGAGAAGCUUAACCAGAGAUUCUACGCAUUACGCUCGGUUGUUCCAAACAUUUCUAAAAUGGACAAAGCUUCUCUGCUCGGAGACGCCAUCUCUUACAUCAAAGAGCUUCAAGAGAAGGUCAAGAUCAUGGAAGCAGCUGAUCAGAGAGUGAAGAUAGAGAGUGAUUUGUCUGAAUCUAACACAAGAACAGUAGAGAGUCGUCAAGAAGUUGAUGUUCGAGCUAUGAGCGAGGAGGUUGUUGUGCGUGUGGUGUCGCCGUUGGAUUCACAUCCAGCUUCGAGAAUCAUACAGGGAAUGAGAAACGCAGAGGUUAGUGUAAUGGAGUCUAAGUUAUCAUCAACGAAAGACACAGUGUUUCACACUUUUGUGAUAAAGUCUAAUUCAUUGACGAAAGAGAAGCUUAUAGCAGCAACAGUUUACCCGGAAACAAGCUCGACGCAGCAGCACCAGCAGCCAUUACCGUCUUCUAGCUCACAGGUCUCUGGCGAUUUAUAG